CACUUUACAGUCCAUAAAGUACUUUGAUGUAGCCUAUCUCAUCUGAUCUUUACAUAAACAUUCCAGUAUAGGUUCCUCUUUUUUAAGUUAAAUAUAGAAAACAAUUUACCUAAUAUAACAGGAAUUUGAACCCAGGUCUUCUGGUUUUUAAAUAGCUCAGCAUGUUGACCCUUGGCUAAAAGGUUGUAAGAUAUAAAAAGGUUUGACUGUUUUUUUUGUUUGUGGACGCCUUAAAUUUUGCAGUAAGUCAGUAGCAGUUUUAAUCAUAAAUCUGAGUCAUCUUGGCUUAUUGUUUCUUGGAAGCUUUAGCUUAGGAUUCCAGUCCUAAUUUACCUAGUCUUUCAUCCAGCUGAAGUCAACCUGAUUAAAGAUGAAGCAUCCUAUGAAAGGUGUAGAUAAUUGGGCUCUGCUGUUUUCCCAAUUUUCUGGGUCAUUUUAUGCAGCACAUCUUUCUAACAGCUAGAUGACAUUUCCCUUGCCUCCUUUUUUGGGAAGAGGAAUGAAAACCAUCUGUUACCCAUAUUUUGCCAUACUGACUCACCAUAGGGAAGGAAAUUUUGCUGCUCUGCUUAUUGGCACCAGAAAUACUUAGUCUGUGGCUUUUGUACUACUAGGGGCUAUCAUAACCUUUCCUCUGAGCCCAACUAUAUUCUGAAAUUCGCAGGGCUUUUGAUCAUUUGUCUUAAACAAUCAUAGUUAGCACUUUACCUGAUUGCUCUUAAUCCCAUGUGUCUCUGUUGCUGCCUCAUCGUUAAACCUUAUAUAUGGACUGGAAUUGGGGUCUUCCUAGUCAGGUAUUAACUUAUAUUAUUGAAGAUCCAGCCCAUUUUGACUCCUCUUUUUAAUUUUCUUUAAUAUGGCUAAUGUUUAUUCCCUUUGAAUUCUGUAGAACUAGAUUGAAGUGAUAUAUCAGUAGUCUUUGAAGAUAAAGGCGAACAUUCUCCAGUAUGAAGGAGAGGAAACAUCUGGAAUCAAGAGACCCAUGGCAUCUGAGGUGCCUUGUUCCUCUGGCAUGCCCAUCAAGAAAAUAGGCCACCGAAGUGUUGAUUCCUCUGGAGAGACAACGUAUAAAAAGACGACCUCAUCAGCCUUGAAAGGUGCCAUCCAGUUAGGCAUUACUCACACUGUGGGGAGUCUGAGUACCAAACCAGAGCGUGAUGUCCUCAUGCAAGACUUCUACGUGGUGGAGAGCAUCUUCUUCCCCAGUGAAGGAAGCAACCUGACCCCUGCUCAUCACUACAAUGACUUUCGGUUCAAGACUUAUGCACCUGUUGCCUUCCGCUAUUUUCGGGAGUUAUUUGGUAUCCGACCUGAUGAUUACUUGUACUCCCUCUGCAGUGAGCCGCUGAUUGAACUCUGCAGCUCUGGGGCUAGUGGUUCCCUCUUCUAUGUGUCCAGCGACGACGAAUUCAUCAUUAAAACGGUCCAACAUAAAGAGGCGGAGUUUCUCCAGAAGCUGCUUCCAGGAUACUACAUGAACCUCAACCAGAAUCCUCGGACUUUGCUCCCUAAAUUCUAUGGACUGUACUGUGUACAGGCAGGUGGUAAGAACAUUCGAAUUGUGGUGAUGAACAAUCUCUUACCACGGUCGGUCAAGAUGCAUCUCAAAUAUGACCUCAAGGGCUCAACCUACAAACGGCGGGCUUCCCAAAAAGAGCGAGAGAAGCCUCUCCCCACCUUUAAAGACCUGGACUUCUUACAAGACAUCCCUGAUGGCCUCUUUUUGGAUGCCGACAUGUACAAUGCUCUGUGUAAGACCCUGCAGCGCGACUGUUUGGUGCUGCAGAGCUUCAAGAUAAUGGACUAUAGCCUCUUGAUGUCAAUCCAUAACAUAGAUCAUGCACAACGAGAGCCCUUAGGCAAUGAAGCACAACACUCAGUUGACACUCGCAGACCAGCCCCCCAAAAGGCUCUCUAUUCCACAGCCAUGGAAUCUAUCCAGGGCGAGGCUCGGCGAGGUGGCACCAUGGAGACCGAUGACUAUAUGGGUGGCAUCCCUGCCCGGAAUAGUAAAGGGGAAAGGCUGCUGCUUUAUAUUGGGAUCAUUGACAUUCUGCAGUCUUACAGGUUUGUUAAGAAGUUGGAGCACUCUUGGAAAGCUCUGGUACAUGAUGGGGACACUGUAUCAGUCCAUCGCCCAGGCUUCUAUGCUGAACGGUUCCAGCGCUUCAUGUGCAACACAGUGUUCAAGAAGAUCCCCUUGAAGCCUUCUCCUUCCAAAAAGUUUCGGUCUGGCUCAUCUUUUUCUCGGCGAUCAGGCCCCAGCGGCAACUCCUGCAUUACUUACCAGCCAUCGGUCUCUGGGGAACACAAGGCACAAGUGACAACAAAGGCGGAAGUGGAGCCAGGCGUCCACUUCGGUCGUCCUGAUGUUUUACCUCAGACUCCACCUUUGGAGAAAAUCAGUGAGGUCUCGACUAUUCCUGACCCCUCUCUCUCACCUGUAGUUGGAGAGACUUUGCAAAUGCUAACUACAAGUUCAACCCUCUUGGAAAAGCUUGAAGUCGCAGAGUCAGAGUUCACUCAUUGAGCAAAAAAUCUCAGAAGACCUGGAACAAGAUUCUGCCAUCUCUGUGAUUCCAAGAUGUCAGCCCUUGUCCCAGCAGUGCUGAGUCGUCUUCUUCUUGGUCGUCAAAAAAGGAGUGUAAUGGAGACUAGGGGAGCUCUCCAUCUCCUUCCCGAAGAAGACCCUCUCCUCCUUCCCCUUCCUCAUGAGUGGGCAUUAGUGCCUCGGACAGUUGAGGACAGCUGCAUCCUCUCCACUCCUGAGUUGGGUGGCAUGAAUUUUCAACUGGCCAACCUUGGCUUCUACAAUUGAAUUUUUUCAACCCCCCAUUCUUCCUGCUGGAAGUGGGGUUGCUGGACUUGGUGAUUUUCAUCCCCCUCAUCUACCUUUCACUAGGAGCUGGACUCUUAAUUUCCUCAGGACAGACUGGCUGGCACAUUAUCCCCACCUCAGCUCUUUCUCUCUGGAAGAAGACCCUGUAAUCUUUGUAAAGGUUUUUCGGGGAGUAAGGGUAUUUAACCACCUCCCAAUCUUCUUCUUUUUUUCCUUAAAAGGGGAAAAGAAAAAAUAGUGCACAGACAGCAUACAAUUUCAAGCCAGACAGUUUCAGAUGAAAACUCCAGAAGUGUUGGAGAGAUGGCAAUUCAUAGGGUUCCCUCAGAAGAGUGCUGGUGUUUGAGAAACAGAUGUGUGGUGAUUGCUCUGCCAGGAGCAGCUCCUCUUUAACUCCUCCUCUCUGGAUGAAUUUCUUAAGGCUGAAGGAAUGGAGAGAGUGGGACAUGGGGUAAUCUUUACCCCUUUUUUUAAAACUGGGGGGCAGUCAUGGGGAUAGAUCAGAGCCCUUCCUAAGCAGCACCCUACUCACUGCCAGGCUAUAAUGAUUAUUACUGUUUUGCAAUUUGAAAUGUAUUUUGGUUGUUUUUCUAAAUAUAAAGACUUAUCAAAUGAAUUUAGAUCCUUCUCCAAAGGAAGUUUCUUCUUUGCUCUUCCUACCUUUUCCAACAGUGUUCUGCUGUUCCUGGAGCUGAGGCGAAGAGGGGGACGCCUGUGUCUGUUUAACGGGCAGUCCAUAUCUGUGAGCUAGAGAAUAUUCUCUUAAACUCAUGGGGAGCCAGCAGAUUCUUGCCUCGGUGAGGUCAUUGUUGUGCCACAUGCCCUGCCCCCUCCCUUCAUGCAGAGAACUUGGAAAUGGGGGCUAUGUAAUCCUUUUCCUCCCCAUCUCCAAGAGUGUGGUUCUCAAUGUGAUCCUCCUACUCCUGUCGGGGGAUUAAGGGGGCCUGGCAUCUCAGGCAGAUUGUUGAAUUCCCAUACUAUCCCCUCUCCUUCCCACCCUACCUUGAUAGUAGGUUAGCCCAUACCUUAAGUAACUGUCUAUAUUAGACACCCCCAGCCGGUUUCUGGCUGCCUGUCUUUGCUGCCAUGUUCUUUUUUACAAGAAGGAAAAAAACAAUUCUUGCUAUUUUUUUUUCAUAAUUUACUAUUUAUGAUGUAUUUAAGUGUUUUUUUCAGGACAGAGUUCUGUAGGGGAUGGGAGGGAAUAUUUGAGGGAGGCUGGGUCUUAGGGAAGGGAAUGGGGACUCAACAUUUUUAUGAAGUGUCACUAUUUGCCUCUACUUUGUAUUGUUCAGAAAUGGCAAAUGCAAUAUAAAAGUGAUAAAUAUCUGGUUUUAAUGUAUUAAACUUUGAUCAGUUAUUUAGA